AUCUUUUUCCAUGACAAAGGCUCAAAGAUUAGAUCUUUAUUCUUUUUGUUAAUGAACUAUUUGAGAACAUCAUCCUUAAUAAGACGAGUUCCCAUAUUAUUUCAGAGAAAAACACCUGUAGUAUCGACCCUUAAGUUUAAUUUAAGAUAUAUUCAUCUGCAGUUUUCGCAUCGUCCAAUCAAUAUGUCCGUUCAAACUCUCACUUCAAGUUUGAGCAAAUUGGGUUUAGACCAACCUGAAUUGGUUGAAGGCUCCCAACCUGAGUACAAUGUCAUCGAUGUGAUGAGAAACUACAUCACCGAUGAGUUGCACAAGGUUUCUGGUGUUUCUAAGGACAUCAUUUUCCCAGCUUUGGACACUCCAAACGUCAUGGAAAAGGGUGACUUGAUCAUUCCAAUCCCAAGAUUGCGUUUGAAGGGUGUUAACCCAAAGGAAAAGGCCGAAGAAUGGGCCACUGGUUUCGCCAAGGGUGAAUACUUGAGUGAAGUUAAGGCUGAAGGUCCUUUCAUCCAAUUUUUCUUCAACAAGAAGGUUCUUUUCAACCUUGUUAUUAAGGAUGUUUUGACCAGAACCACCGAUUAUGGUGCUUUACCAUUGGGUGUCGGUAAGAAGUUGGCCAUUGAAUUCUCCUCUCCAAACAUCGCCAAGCCUUUCCAUGCUGGUCAUUUAAGAUCUACCAUCAUUGGUGGGUUCCUUGCUAACUUGUAUGAAAAGUUGGGUUGGGAUGUUUCUAGAAUCAACUACUUGGGUGAUUGGGGUAAGCAAUUCGGUUUAUUGGCCAUUGGUUUCGAUAAGUUUGGUUCUGAAGAAUCCUUGGAAAAGGAUCCAAUUAACCAUUUGUUUGAAGUUUAUGUUAAGGUUAACCAAGAAAUGACUGCUGAAGGUCCAGAUGCUGUUGGUGGUAUCAACGACAAGGCCAGAGAAUACUUCAGAAAGAUGGAAGAUGGUGACGAACACGCCCUUAAGAUCUGGAAGAGAUUCAGAGAAUUGUCUAUUGACAAGUACGUUGACACUUAUGCUAGAUUGAACAUUCGUUAUGAUGAAUAUUCUGGUGAAUCCCAAGUUUCUAAGGAAAAGAUGAAGUUUGCCACUGAUCUUUUCGAAAAAAGAGGUUUGGUUCAUGAAGAUAGAGGUGCUAAGUUGAUCGAUUUGACCAAAUUUAACAAGAAAUUGGGUAAAUGUUUGGUUCAAAAAUCUGACGGUACUUCUAUUUACUUAACUAGAGAUGUUGGUGAAGCCAUGGGUCGUUAUGAAAAGUACAAGUUUGACAAGUCCAUCUAUGUCAUUGCCUGUCAACAAGAUUUACACGUUGCUCAAUUCUUUGAAAUUUUGAAACAAAUGGGUUUCGAAUGGGCUAAGAACAUGGAACAUGUUAACUUUGGUUUGGUUCUUGGUAUGUCUACUAGAAAGGGUACCGUUGUGUUCUUGGAUAACAUCUUGGAAGAAACCAAGGAAAAGAUGCAUGAAGUUAUGAGAAAGAAUGAAACUAAAUACGCCCAAAUUGAAAACCCAGAUAAGAUUGCUGAUUUAAUUGGUAUUUCUGCCGUUAUGAUCCAAGAUAUGCAAUCCAAGCGUAUCAACAACUACGAGUUCAAGUGGGACAGAAUGACUUCUUUUGAAGGUGAUACCGGUCCAUACUUGCAAUAUGCUCACUCUAGAUUGAGAUCUGUUCAAAGAAAGUCCAACAUUGACGACUCUAAGUUGGCCAAUGCUAACUUGGACUUGUUGACCGAACCAGCUGCUGAAUCCUUGGUCAGAAUCUUGGCUCAAUACCCAGAUAUCAUCAAGAAGGCCCAAAAGACUCAUGAACCAUCUACUGUUGUAACAUACUUGUUCCAAUUGAGUCACGUUGUUUCCCAAUGUUACGACAUCUUAUGGGUUGCUGGACAAGAAGAAGACUUGGCUGUUGCCAGAUUGGCCUUGUAUGCCGCUGCUAGACAAGUCUUGUUCAACGGUAUGACCUUGUUGGGAUUGACUCCUGUGGAUAGAAUGUAAGUAAUUCUUUUUUUUUGUAAACCAGCUAAAAGUACGUUCGUAGAAAAAAAGAAAUACGUCAUAGUAAUAUAAUAAAUAAUAGAAAUGAA